ACCCCCAAGUCGAUAUAAAAAGAAAUUAAAGGAAGUGAGGUUGGAAACAAUAUGCAAAAUGUAAUGCAGAUGGAAGAGCAAGAAGAGAGAGUUAAAGGAAGCCGUAAGUGGGAUAGAGUAAUCGAAGAAUCGAAACCCUACAUCCUCUGUAUAUUUUGUAAUGUAUGCUUUGCCGGGUACAAUAUUGUCUCCAAAGUCGCUCUACACAAAGGCAUGAGCAGAUAUGUGCUUGUGGUUUAUGGAUAUGCGUUUGGAACUCUAGCAACUGCUCUUUUUGCAUUUCUCUUUGAGAGGAAAAAUGAGAGCAAAAUCAAUGUUCAGAUCUUGCGAAAUGUCUUUUUCUUAGGUCUGCUGGGAGGAGCGUUAGGAAGUACACUGUACUACAUGGGAUUGGAAUAUACUUCACCAGCUUUUACAUCUGCCAUGGCCAACAUGACUCCAUCGAUUACCUUCAUCUUAGCUGUUUUGUGCAGGAUGGAACAGUUUGAUAUUUCCAAGCCUGGUACCCAAGCCAAGAUUGGAGGAACUCUUGCUGCCUUUGCUGGUGCAACACUCAUGACCCUCUACAAGGGCGUUGCUGUAAUAACAAUGCACACCAAAAGCUCCCAUCAAACUGCAGGUACCUCAAAAUCAUCUACAGACGCAGAAUGGUUGAAGGGCUCCCUUGUCCUUAUUGUUUCAUAUAGUUCAUUUGCAGCAUCCUAUAUCUUACAGACAUCAACAAUAAAAAUGUAUCCAGCACCAAUCACUCUUACAUCAUUGACCUGCUUAUCUGGGACACUGCUCUCAACAAUCAUGGCAGGAAUUCUAGAUCACAAAGCAUCUUCUUGGAAGUUAUCAUGGAACACACUUCUUGCUCCUAUAUAUUGUGGAACUGUGAUUUAUGGAAUCACAUUUUAUGUUCAGACCUUAGUAGUAAUAACAAAAGGCCCAGUUUUCACGACAGCUUUUAGACCACUAGCUACCAUUGUUGUUGCUAUAAUGGGACUACUCAUUUUAGGAGAAGCUAUAUACUUGGGAAGUGUUUUGGGAGCUUUCUUGAUAGUUCUUGGUCUGUAUGCCACUCUUUGGGGAAAGAAAAAAGAGAAGGAGAAGAAGUCAAUGGAUCAUGGUAUAUCUCAGCAAGCUAUUGACAUCAAUUUAGAAAAGUAAAGAAGAAAAUGAAUCUCACUAUUGAAGUUGUAACCUAGCAAAAAGAGCACAUAGGCUUAGUGAAUAAAAUAAAACUCAUAAUAGGCUUGGCCUAAUUACGAGACAAAAUCCCAGAAAAAAAAUAAUAAUAAAUAAAUAAAUAACUCUAAAAAUCCUAGCGGCCUCCAUGUCAUCUUCGUCAGCCGCAAAGAACUUCUGCCAGAAUAUUCGUGUCAUUGCUUGACGUGAAUCCGCUGCCGAAGCACCAAAUCGUAUCACUUUCUCCACCAGUUGAGACACACGCAAGACUCAAGAAUGCCCAAAAGUAAUUGAGUAAGUGAUGACUGAUUUCAUACUUGAAUGGGCAUGUAUUUUCUUGGCCAAAAAAGAACGGGAAUGUACUAUGUUUAGCCAUGCAUGUAUCUAUAUCAGUCCUAUGUGUAGAUGUUUUCUUAUGUAUGCUUUUUCCAACUCUAGCAACUGCCCUUGUUGCAGUUCACUCUGAGGUUAUCAUCUUUGUUCUUCUUGUA